CACUAGUCUAGCACCUUGGAGGGAACUGACUUGAUCAGCGCUGCUGAAUCGCGCUGAACGGUGGCGCAACUGAACGGAUAGCGUGUUCAAGCUCGAGAGAAAACACAAGAGAGUGCUAGUCUGGGAUAGAGUUUAAGCCCGCUAUCAAGAUUUUGACAGGCCCUUGUAAGAAUUCUUCAUUAUGUCAGAUCAUGAGAAGAGCCCAUGCAAAAGCGAACCAUCCGAACCCGAAAUCACAGAAGUCACUGUGAUAUCCAGCGAAGAUGAGCCUUCCGCGGGGAAUAAGCGCAAAGCUCGGCCGAUCAAAACAACGACGAGUAAGAAAGAGAGGCGACGCACAGAAAACAUCAACGCAGCCUUUGCGGAGUUGCGCAAACACAUCCCUAACGUACCAUCGGACACCAAGUUGUCCAAGAUUAAAACACUCAAGUUAGCAAUGAGCUACAUACAUCAUCUUGAGCUGCAGCUCUCCGGUGAGGAGAGUAGAGUGGUUAUUGUGAAACAUGUAACACCGAGCGAACCUCAACCGGUGAUCCGCACAAGAGAGCGAGAACCGAGUAUAGAGUACGAUCUUCCAUCGAGUCCUGAAAGAGCUUACGAGGAGGUGGAUGAGCCGCGCUCUGGUCGCAGGAGUAGUAGGACCGGAUGGCCUCAGCAUGUAUGGGCGCUGGAGUUAGUCCACGGGAAUAAAAAACAAAGUAAAACCACGAUGGCUAGACACCAAAUCGUCACCUGAACUCCCGGAAAGCCUAUAACUUUGGCGUCAAAUUGGGAAGAAGGCAAAGAGCCAUUUUAUUCCGAGAAGAACUCUUUCUACGACAAACCAAGGGAAACUCCUUGGAACGGCGUGAUAGUGCAAGCAUGCCUGCAGGAAAGAACAUGUCUCCCCGGAAAUAGCCAUCAGAUCGUUAGCGAGCUUAAAGAGAAUUCGUGAAAAAAUAAUAAUACUUUUUUCGCAGUUGAUUAUUAGAAACAAGCAUCGAUUUGGAUCCCUUUUUGAGAUAGCCUCACGUGAGGUUUUAAGGUUUUAAGUUUUGAGCUAUUGUAACGCUGUAGCGGAGCACUUGAAAGAAGUGCGGGCUUCCUUUACAGAUACACACGAAAAACCUUGACCACACCAAGAUUCAGACUACUAUGUAUAUAUUCCUUUGUUUAUUGACCGUGGGUUUUAGAGGCUGUCGUAUGCUAUCAAACUAGCUAGAGCGCGUUUUGCGUUUUUGAUGGAAUUUGAGGCGUGUUACGAGCGCGAACCGGGAUGAUCUAUUCAUUAAAGAUUAUUAACUUCAGCAAAGCACGGAUGGUUUUAGCGAUAAUAGCUCUAUCAUACUUUUAAGUUUGUAAAUAAUGACUGAGACUUAAACAAAAUUUCUUUAAGGGUUAUUUUUUUUUGUGAGAGAAAGUAGAUUGUAUUUAAAGAACACUAUGUUAUUCUAAAUUGCCUUAUGAAAAUCCAUGAUAUGUUUUACGUUUUAUUGUACAUAACAGAUAAAUUCAAGCAAAAAGUUA